AACAGACAAAAUCAUUACGUUCAUUCAUUGCCUUUUGUCCUCGCACGGCACCAUUAGCGCUGAUCAAUUUGGAGAGAGAGAGAGGGAGAGAGAGAGGAGAUUACAGCUGAUACUUUUAGAGAGUGGAGAGAGAGAUGGAAGGAGAGAGAAGGGUGGGUGUGGCGGUUGAUUUCUCGCCGUGUAGCAGGGAAGCACUGAAGUGGGCGGUGGAUAACGUUGUCCGCCAAGGGGAUUACCUUGUCCUCGUCACCGCUCAGCCUGAAGGGAACUACGAGCAGGGCGAGAUGCAGCUUUGGGGAACCACUGGCUCGCCCCUUAUCCCUUUGACUGAGUUAUCUGACCCCAACAUUAUGAAGAAAUAUGGGGUUCACCCUGACCCUGAGAGUUUGGAUAUUGUCAAUACCGCUGCUAGGCAGAAAGAGAUUGUGGUGCUUUUGAAGAUCUACUGGGGAGAUGCUCGGGAGAAGAUUUGUGAGGCGGUUGAUAAUAUCCCUCUCAGCUGUCUUGUCAUAGGGAACAGAGGGUUCGGGAAGAUCAAGAGGGUAAUCAUGGGCAGCGUUAGCAACUACGUGGUGAACAAUGCUCUUUGUCCUGUUACAGUUGUGAAGCAUUCGGAUAAAGAGUGAUGCAGCAAUGUAUCUGCAAGAUAUGGACUUCUCUUUUUAGUAAGACUCUUAAGUGAAUUUGUAUCUAUGUCUCUUUCCCAUUUGUACUUGCUGGGGAGUUUGCAUUCAAGUAAAGUAUAGAUUGAAUGAGUGUCGGUUACGUGCGUUAUGUAAGAUGAACUCAUCUCCCAUGGUGGGGUUUUUAUGUGCUCUAUCUGGGGUUGAAAGAAUAAAUUGUGUUUUUCAAA